AUGUAUCCAAACAAACGGAAUUUCGUUUUAGCCGUGAUAGUUGUAAUACCAUACAUUGGCUUGUUAAUUUGGCUCACAUCCAGUCUUCGGAUUGAUUCUAUAAGGCAUUUCCACAAGCUUACGAACCCAACUUUUGGGAGGAAGCACUACUUCAACGAGAAUUUAAGGCUCUUAGCUAAAGAACUCUCCGAGACACAGCGCAGCCUACAACACUCGCAAUUACAUUUCUACCGUUUAGAAAAACAUAUUCAACUUGUCAAGGAGUUAAUAAUAUCCACUGAUGGAAAUUUAACUGAUGAUCUAAAAAAAAACAAUUCAGCGGGCAGUUCUUCCGUAAACUAUUUGCUAAAGAAAGAGGUUUGCGCUGAGAAAUUCAUGGCACCGAGUUGGGAGUACGUGUUUCCCCGGUUUAGGAAAGGUUUCGACCGAGUAAAUUGUUCAGACUUUGUUCCACUGGACCAGCUUGUGACCAUGAUUGUUACAUCACCUGAAGAGAUCUCGACCGAAAAUUUACAAAAAAUUUUUAAAGGCAUCGUAAACUAUUAUCCAAGCGUACCAGUAAUGUUUGUGUCCAAGUCGAAGACAAAUUUAAACUUAAAAGAAUUUGGGUCAAACAUAACCAACGUGGUAUUCGAUGACCUAACUCACGGAAAAACAUGGUCGAUGUUACUCAAAACAGUAUCCACGCCCUAUGUACUAUUUGCACGGGAUAUUACAUACUUCACUGAUGAUGUAAAUGUGGAGCGACUCAUUCGGGUGCUCAGCGAGAACAAAGAUACAAUCAUUGCAGGAGGGAGUCACAAAAAUCAACGUGGCGAAUGGGACAAAGGCUGUUUUCAAGUGAAUUUCAGAAACUGGGUUGCUUUUUUUCUGGAUGGUUAUUAUCGCUCGUUUACUGAUUGUUUAGUGUGUGACGUGCUUCCAGGUCCAUUUAUGGCGAAGACGAAAGAACUCAAGGCACUUGGAUUUGAUGAAAAGUGAGUCUGCACAUUUAUAUCUGACGAGGAAUAUCAACUGAUAUUCACAUGUAUCCAAAUAGGACUCGAUUAUUGUUUGUUUGUUUGUUUUUGCGAUAAAAGCGAGGCGUAAAUUUAGGCGGAGAAGGGAGAAGAUCGUGAUGAGAUUUUUCUCUUCUCCAACCCUGUCUCUUUCACACCAAUCUUUGUUUUAGGGAGGGGAAACAGUUUCGAUUUCAAGAAAUGUCGCAGACUUCUUUUGUUCACUGUGGCUUUCCUUAUUAAAGACCCCGGAAUAUAGCUGCGUAAGAAUGGGCGAAGCCAUUUGAAUGUUAUUUCUCGGAACGUAUUUUAUCCGGUAUAAACUUAAAAGGUGAAUCAUCCAUUUUGGGUUUUAAGUAGAAAAUGUCUUGUUACUUCUUUUAGAGUUAGGCAUUCUUCUCAACGUAAGUUAUGAGUUACACCAUGGUUAUCAAUUCUAAGCUUCUCACAAAUGCUUACGGAAGCGGGAGCUCUUUCUGAGCCUCUAUGAAGUUAUGUUAAAUUCAAACUGACAUAAUAGGCUCCAAAUGGUUUUGUGUUGUUAUGGCGUAUUUUUGUCUUAAAUGAUCUGCGAAAGGUGAGUGACUCUCUUCCUGCCCCAAAUGGAGCCAUUAGACCAUAUUAGUCUCUGACAGCUGAAAGCUUUUGACCUCUUCUAUUGCAUUCUCUUUCCUAGACUGCCUUUUGGUGCCUUUCUUGAUAUUUUCUGGCGAAUAAAACUGAAACAUCCAGAGAAAGUCGUUGUCAGCUGUCCAGACGUUAUGUUUGAGACUCACGUGCAGGAAAUUCCGCAUGAAAAAUAUGUGGCCUUGGCUAACAAGUGGGAUGUCAAAAAAUGGAUCAAUUCCGACGGAACGAUCCGCUGGUAUGGCUGUAGGAGAGGCGGGCGGCCCAAUGAUAACACCGCUAGUUGUAGGAAACAGUUAGGACUCCUUGUCCCUCCUUGUGAUUUGGAGAAUCUCGCAGAUAUGAUCAAAUUUGUCAUGAAGGAGUGUGAAAACGCAGGGCUUUUGUGCGAGUUAAAUGAAGGAUCACAAUUAGGUAAUGUGACACCUGACCUCCUAUUCUACGAGGGAGGUUUUGUUUUAAUCCUUCGAGUCCCUCGUGUGACCUUUUUUUUAAUUCAUUGAUAUUAUUUGUUGUUUUAUUUUUUUAUUUUCCAAUGGGAUCAUUUAUCAAAUAUUCCACAACGCUAACAUAACGUGCAUGGACUACAAUGCCAACAUUUUGUAUGAAAUUACAACCUUAUUUACAAGUGUUAUGCAAAUAUUACUUUCAUAGCUACCAUUUAAAGAAGUGCAAAACUUACAGUUUUUAAAAGAUUCAAUGAAGCUGGAAAAUUCUUAAAAUAUUUUUUUUCGGUCACUGGUUCUACGAACCCGAAUGUAAGACCAAUUUUUAGAGAGAUGUAGAUGGAAGGCGACUCUUUCAUUUGCUUUUAAAAAACUCAAAAUUUUUAUUUUCAAAGUAAGGAUUCGGGGGCGAAUUAUCUGGGAUGUCUGCGUUCCCUCCGUUUUUGUUGAGUAUAAACAUAGCGAGUAGAUAAAAAAAAUAGUACUUGAAACAAAUCAGAUGUUUUCAGAUGUUUUGGCCACCUGUCAUCUGAAAAAAAAAAAGAAAAAAAAUUCUCUUUGAUGAUACAUCGGUCGAAGAAUUCGUGGGCUGAAAAGCGCACAUUUACGUAGCUCCAUUAUCUACCCAAAGAAUUCUGCGGUAGUUCUCGCAAGUUAACAAAUCGAAUUCCCCAAAUUGAAGUAAACGUAAAGAAGGCAUUUCUACAUCUGGCCUAUAUCAAGAGAUUAUAAACUUGCCGAAAUUCAAUAUAUUAAAGUUCACACGGCAACGUUAAUAUAUUUUAUUUGCAAGAAAAGUAUAGUCAAACUGUUGUUACAAGGGUCAACCGGCUCGCGAAUAUCAGAUUCCGCAUUGCUAAGUAUCGCUGUCAUUUUUAUUUCAAUCACCGUUGUAAAGAAAACUAUGUGCUUCCAUCGAGUUUGAGAUUUCGGCCUCCUUUACGGCGUGCAAAAGGAUACAAGCUCAUGGUCCGUACUGGUUUUUCUUUUCUCAAGCUACGAAUAGAUGAAUGUCACAGUUCCAUACUGUGUUUGCGUGCGUUAUUCUCUCGUUCUCUCAGUGAACUCUCUGCUUUGAUUAACAACUCCGAAACUUCCUGGGUCGAGGAGUUAUGCAGUUCGAAAGAACUGCAGACGUUUACCAAACACGACAGAAAAUUCUGUCAUUUGCUCAGUAAGAGGUCUCCUGUUAAUUCAGGCUCAUCUCUGAAAGAUAAGUGGGUCACGAACCCUUCCUUUAAGGAGUUAUCUGCGCUGGAACGGCGUGGUUUAGAGAAGGGUCUGAAGUUUACUAGUGCUCCUCGCAAAAUACUGCCGAAAUUGUUGCUGCUGUAUCUCUCAACUCAACGACGAUCGUAGGCAUUUGGUAAGAGCAAAAGUAAGCAGCAUACUCAGGCGUGCUAAACCUCCCACCAAAAACAUUCAUAAGGAUGUUUUCAAUGCGCUUAUAGCUCUCAAAAAGGAUCCGAAUAGGCUCGUAUUACCUGCUGACAAGGGUAAUUGUGUUGUGGUUAUGGACAAACAGCAAUAUCACGACAAAGCUCUGUCUCUGCUUAACGACAAAAGUACGUAUACUGUCUUAAACUCUGAUCCUACCAGUAAAACUUAAAGAAAGUUAAACAAAAUGUUGCUUUAUUUGAAAAAAAGCUGGUAAAAUUGGUGACUCUACGUACAAAAUGUUACACAGUAGUGACGGCUUAUGUCCACGUUUUUAUGGCUUACCUAAAAUUCUUAAACCGGGAAUUCCUUUGAGACCCAUUUUCUCUUUUUUGUUAAUUCUCCGACUUAUGCAAUUUCUGGUUAUCUUGCGAGAAUUUUGUCGCCUGUUGUUGGGAAUACUGAUUACACUGUCAAAAAAUCCUGCGAAUUUGCGGAUUUCAUAAGAGAUAAAACUCUUAACGCUUGUGAAGAAUUAGUAUCUUUCGACGCUGUUUCGCUCUACACUAAAAUCCCAGUUGAUUUUGCCGUUAAGGUUGCGGAGGAGAGACUUAGAGAAGAUGCUUCCCUAGGACAAAAAACUUCUUUGCCUGUGGAGGAUAUUAUUCAUCUGCUGUCUUUUUGCCUCAAAACCACGCAAUUUACAUAUAAUGGCACCUACUAUCAACAAGUUUUUGGUACAGCGAUGGGUUCGCCCGUCUCUGCUGUCAUUGCUAACAUGGUAAUGGAAGAUGUGGAACAAAGGGCCUUAGCUACUUCACCGGUUAAACCCUUUUUCUGGAAACGAUAUGUCGAUGAUGUUAUUUCUGCGGUAUCUGGAAAUGAGGCGGAGCGCCUCCUGUCGCAUUUGAAUUCAGUAGAGCCGUCGAUCCAAUUCACCCUUGAGCGUGAAAAGGAUAGACAUUUGCCCUUUCUUGAUUUAAAUGUGUCCAGAAGGGUUCAGGGUAUUUUAGAGACAAGUGUCUACCGUAAACCUACCCACACCGACAAAUACCUCGCUUUCGAUUCUCACCACCCUAUUUGCCAUAAAAAGUCUGUAGCCAAAACUUUACUUAGGAGUGCUGACUGUCUACCAUCUUCACUCGAUUCGAAGGCUGGGGAGAGGAAAUAUGUUUCUAAUGUCCUAAAGGCAAAUGGCUAUACAAAAACCUUUCUCCGUAACUGCCAAAAACCAGUUACAACUAGUAACGCUCUCGAUGAAAGGGAACCAGCGACUGGUUUUGCUGUUAUUCCUUACAUUCAGGGUGUUACGGAACCCAUCAAGAGAAUUUUGAAUAGCCACAACGAAUACAUCAGACAGACCAAACGUCUGUUUGGUACACGUUUAAAAGAGCAUGAAAAAGCGGUUUUCUUUUGCAAAAAGGAAAAUUCAGCUUUAUCGGAGCACACAUGCCUAACUAACCAUACAAUUGCGUGGGAUAAUUCUAAAAUUAUCAUCACUAAUCGGCGUUACCGCCAGCGCCUUUGUUUGGAGGCUUGGCAUAUUAACUUCGCCCACGCUCCUUUAAAUCAUGACGAUGGCGGUUUGCUUCCUGACGCCUAUUUACACCUCGUCAGAAAAAGGCCGCUAAUUAGCAAUCAUAUAAAAGGACCUCUUGUUGCAGCGUUUAGAUUACCCCUGAUGAAGGCACCAGACAGGAGUGUCGAAACGUUGGGUCCAUGAAUUGUAACUUCUUUGGUUACAUUCAUUAAAUCUGUAAACCAGAGUAGCAUCAAACCAUGUCUGAUUGCCGAAAUUCAUUGAACCAAGUUUUCUUCUGUUCUAGGUGCUGUUAAGACCAAUUUUUAGAGAGAUGUAGAUGGAAGGCGACUCUUCCAUUUGCUUUUGAAAAACUCAUUUAUUUUUUUUCCUAUAUCUGACCUAAAUCAAGAGAUUAUAAACCUGCCUAAAUUUAUUGAACUAAGUUUGCUUCUGUUCUAGGUGCUGUUAAGUUCCAGGGAGUUUUACCGUGGGAGCUUGAUGCAGACAUUCACUUCCCUAAUGAUAACUUUACGGCCAUGUUCGGGCUUAUUCCAAGAUUCAAAGCAGCCGGUUACAGAGUUAUUUCAGAAAGAACAGAGGGAUGGAGGAACGGUCAUAAGGUCUUGGGUGCUAUUUUACUAUAUAAAAACGGAUGGAAACUCGAACUUUAUGGUCACGAUAUCUUUCAGAGCGCGGAACUUAUCGCAAGCGGUCAAAAGCCAACAAAGGUCAAGUUUGCUGGUAUGUGGUUGAAUGCUUUUCGUAACCCAGGACUCUCCAUGCGGAAUCGCUACGGGCCAGAGAUAUACCAUCAUGUACAACAUUCAUCGUCAGGUGUAUACAAAUCGGGAGUCUUUCCCAAAUGUCCCACGCCGGGUCACUCAGCAUGUCUUGAUCAGCUUCCUGCCGACGGUAGUUUACAGUUCAGCGACUUUUCCAUCCAGUAAACUAAGAUGCCUCCUCACUGAAAAUGGAUAUUUGGUUAUUGGAAUUGAGAAAUGGUAGCCAUUAUAUAGUUUUCUGUUCUUUGACAUAGUGUCGUAAGAUGUUCCCAAUCAUCACUUUUUUCCCUUAUUAACAAGAUUUGUUUUGCUUUCCCGUGAAAAAUAUAUUUAAAGCUGACAGUGUAGUAACUAUUUUUAAAGAAAUCACGAACAACUUGUUUUAUUUAUUAUUUGGGAAUAGUGCAUUUAUCAUAAAAGUUCCAUUAGUACAGCUGUAGCCGCAACUUGAUUUAAUAGACAAACAUGCCAAGCUUACAGCUUCUUCAAGCUCACUGAGUUCGAGUUAGCGGGGUUCUACCGUAUUCUAUAAUCAUCCCAAUAUACUUUUAUUUUCUGAAUUUAUGGAAGAAGGCGGUAGCUUUGGUAACUUGAUUCAAGUCCGACGAUAAGUUUCCUAUGACUUUUAUAGUGCUGGCGUUAUUUUUGUUGCGUCAGGUUGAAACCUAUAAUACCCAAGAAUUUAGAAAGAGAAAAGACAGUGAUCGUGGAAAGAGCAAAUAACUUGAAACUUGGAACUAUUUCCUUUGUUUUUUAGUUCAGUUUGAUUCAUAGGUUAAGUGUUAUAAAAAUUGUACCGCGUUAGAUUGACAACCCAGUGAGUGGAACCUUUAGAAACAGGCAAACAGGUCUGCGAUGAGCAAUCCGAACUAGACAUGCCAACUGUAGGGUCAUACAGUUGUUUAGUAAUAAAGAAGGUAAAAUUUCAGAGAAAACUUCC